AACUUGCGCUUAAGAGUAAUAAAAGAAUUAUCAAAAAUCAAUUCUUAGAUGAUGAAAAGCAAAUCUUAGAAAAUGAUAAGAUGGCGCAAAAACAUUCAGACCAUAAUAAGUACACUUCAAAACCCAUUAGCACUCAAGAGGUCAUGAAAGCCAUUCGUGCUCCGAUAGGUAGCGUGGAGAUUCCGAUAGGGUGA